AUUGUCCUUUCCUUAUUCCAACAUUGACACCAACAGCCGAAACCAAAUUCCUUGUGUAUUGUGGCCAUUUUAGCUGAUUCCGAUUUUUUGGUUUUCUUUAGUCAGAGCAGCCGGAAGUCAGACCAAUGUUUUUAUUGUGAAAAUCCUGAAGGGGCUGUGGUUAGUGUUGUCUAUCUUGACGCUGCGGACUGACGCUGGGUACCGAAACAGCCCGAUCACCCAACCACUGUCCGACCUGCUCCGACAGCGUGACCACGCAGAGCCCGUCUCCGGACAGGGCUGAGUGCAGCGAGUUGAGUACCGGCUCCCGAGAAGAUUUCCUCCGGUAAAAGGGAAAACUGGAUGCAAAGGGCAACGAAACCGUUAAAUAUAUGUUUUAAACGAAAGGUCGCGAUCUGAAACAGCCGAUUAUACUGCUUAUUUCUUGAAGCUACUGCUGAGGGAGUCGGUCAAGUGUGGUGAACUUGGGGCUCGUUGUUUUUUGUUUGCAACUUUCUCUGGGUAAAUGUAACUGUAGCGGUUCUUUUGGGCAUUAGGUUAUUAGUAAGCGACUGGGGUUUGAACAUGUUAGCUGUAAAUGUUUGAGUAAAGUGUUCCUGCGGUGUGCUGUCGGUGGGGGGCUCUUCAGGAGACGCUGUGGCUCGUUUGUAAAGUGCGCGUUCACGGUUGCUAAUUAGACUUUGAUGUAAAUUAAAUGAGGCGCUCCUGGGCAACUCCAGAGGACAGCGGGUAAAGAAAAGGUGACAGAAAACUCACAGGAGUGUGGACUCACAUGCUCUCACACGAGUGAAGACGACCCACGAUGGAGCUCUUUUGCGGGAUGCAUGUGCACUCUUGAAGACCGUCGUUGCUUUAUUGUUCGGUAAUAGUUUACUCCGGAGUUUUAAUGAGGGUUUUUACAGCCUAUACUCGCGCUAUUAUUAUUACUAUUAUUAUUACUACUAUCAUCAAAAGUCUCUGAAGUUUCCUACCACGCCGCUGGGACUGAACCACAAACGACUGAUUUCCCUUGCGCCCAGACCAUGGCUUCCAGCUCGGGGGACAGCUGCUGCUGGUUGCUCUGGAGACGGACCCUCCUCGCGCUGUGGCUGUGUGCGGUGGUGGCGCGUGCAGCGGAGGAUGAGAGCUCCUUCAACGCAGAGUCAUGGCUGAGGAUGUAUGGUUACCUGCCCCAGGCCAGCAGGCAGAUGUCGACCAUGCGAUCAGCUCAGAUCCUGUCUAAUGCCAUCAGUGACAUGCAGCGGUUUUAUGGUCUGGAGGUUACAGGACGAAUGGACGCUGAAACCAUCAGCGCCAUGAGGAGACCCCGCUGUGGUGUGCCUGACAAGUUUGGAGGCCAGAUCAAAACCAAUGUGCGGCGGAAACGCUAUGCCCUCACUGGACAUAAAUGGAACAAGAGCCACCUCACAUAUAGUAUUCAGAACUACACUCCCAAAAUUGGGGAGUACAACUCAUACGAAGCCAUCCGGCGGGCCUUUAAAGUCUGGGAGAGGGUCACCCCAUUGACCUUUGAUGAAAUCCCUUACCAGGAGAUCAAAUAUGGACGCCGCAAGGAGCCCGACAUUAUGAUCUUCUUUGCCUCAGGUUUUCACGGAGACAGCUCUCCUUUUGAUGGGGAGGGGGGCUUCCUAGCUCAUGCCUAUUUCCCUGGACCUGGAAUGGGUGGGGACACACACUUUGACUCUGAUGAACCGUGGACCAUAGGGAACCAGAAUGUACAAGGUAAUGACCUCUUUCUGGUAGCAGUCCACGAGUUAGGACACGCCCUGGGUUUAGAGCACUCCAACAACCCCCUGGCCAUCAUGGCCCCCUUUUAUCAAUGGAUGGAGACCGACAACUUCCAGCUGCCUGAAGAUGACCGGCGAGGCAUACAACAGAUCUAUGGUCAGCCAGAUGGCAGCCCCACCCAGGCCCUGCCCACAGUGACGCCCCGUCGCCCAGAGCCCAGGCCACCUCAGAUACCUCCUCGGCACCCUGAUCGCCCGAGGACCACUGAAAGACCAGAUCACUAUGGACCCAAUAUCUGUGAAGGGAACUUUGACACAGUUGCUAUGCUCCGAGGAGAAAUGUUUGUUUUCAAGGGCCGUUGGUUCUGGCGGGUGCGUAAGAACAGGGUUCUUGACAACUACCCUAUGCCCAUUGGUCACUUCUGGAGGGGUCUGCCUGGAGACAUAGAUGCUGCCUAUGAAAGACAUGACGGCAGGUUCGUCUUCUUUAAAGGAAACAGAUUUUGGAUUUUCAGGGAGGCUAACCUGGAGCCAGGAUAUCCACUUGAGUUGGUUGAUUAUGGUCAAGAUAUUCCCUACGACCGAAUAGACACAGCUAUCUGGUGGGAGCCAUCUGGCUACACUUACCUCUUUCAAGGAGACUGGUACUGGCGCUUCAACGAACAGUCACGCUCGGCUGACCGAGGCUACCCAAAGCCAAUCAACGUUUGGGGAUCAUCAGUGCCGUCUACUCCCAAGGGGGCUUUCCUCAGUGAUGAUGGAGCUUACACCUUCUUCUAUAAGGGUUCUAAGUACUGGAAGUUUGACAACCACCGUAUGAAGAGCGAACCCGGGUACCCCAAGUCCAUCCUCAGAGACUUCAUGGGUUGUAGUGUAGACCUGGAUCCCGACAGAGACACGGACACAGACUCGGGGCGCAAAUACCCAGAUGUAAACCGUCCACCAUUCAACCCAGACGCAGGACGUGAUGGCGACAAAGGCAAAGACCGGGAUGGAGCAGAUCGCGGAGGUACAGACAAAGACAAAGGCAAAGGCUCGGACAAUGACAAAGAUGAAGACUAUCGCGAGGGUCGUGAGGAAGACACCAAUGAGGUGGAUGUGGUGCUGAAGGUGGACGACAGUGAGGAGCGGACCAUGAACAUCCUAAUGGUAACAAUCCCUCUGGUCCUGGUGCUGUGCAUCCUGGGACUCAUCUACGCCAUCAUCAACACGCUGCAGAGUAAAGGCGCGCCACGGCUGCUGGUGCACUGCAAACGCUCCCUGCAGGACUGGGUCUGACCCCUGACAUUAUGGGGCAGUGAACUAUGAACUAAAAUUGAACCUUAGAUACCCCUUCCUCUAAUCCAACCCUCCUCCCAGUGAUUCAUCUGUCUCAAGUCUCUGUGCUCAGUGGCUCCUGCAACGUGUAGUAUGUGUGGUAGUAGAUCCAUGCAAAUACUGUACUGAUACAUAGGCACACACAAACUAAAAGCAGGCAUAAAUUAUGCCUUUUACACACACACACACACACCACCCUAACCUCCUCCUGUCUCCCAUGGUGCUCUACAAUGCGGUGACUGUAGUCUAUUUAUAUGAGAGAAGUUUGCACAUUGUUUUUUUUUCUUUAUGUUUUUGUUUUGGUUUGUUUUGUGUGACUUUUUGUUAUUGUUAUUAUUUUUUCUAAACCAGGAAGACCGUUCUAUUCUCUUUUCUGUCUCUGCUCCGCCCUCCUCCUUCCCCUAAUCUCAGUAGGGGCUUUUUCCUCACUGAUAACUUGACAUCUGCUUAUACUAUCUCAGUUAGCAGAAAAGAAAGAAAUACAAAGGGGUUAGAAAAGGUUUGCAGACAGACCUCUGUGCUUUAAGUAAGGUUCAAUAGUGGUUUUUUUUCUUUUCUCUCAUCAUCAUCCUCAUUGUGCCGCUUUUCGUUUCUUCCCUUUUCUACGUAGUGUAAUAUGUCGGGACUAGAUGGUGGGUUGGAGAGAAACUGGAUCUGGUCAAACAUGAUAGUUUAGAGUCGAGGUAUUUUAAGACCUGCCAUUAGCCCAGAUAAUAUUCUUCUUUGACUCCCAAUGAUGGUGAUUUGGCUGUGAUUGUGACGCUGAAGGUUCUGUUUGUUAGUCAAACAGACCUAAGAGAGCUGCUUCAGCUUUAAAGGAUUAUUACAACUUAAAUAGUUUUUUUUACACUUAAGCCAUUUUGUCUUUGGUAAUAAUAAUCAUGUGUCUGCCAUGUUAAAUGCUGAGAUUUGAGAAUCUCAGAGAAAAAAAAAAACAGAUUUGCAAAAAUAUGGAGAAAAUGGUGGCAGACAGUAAAAUUAUUAUACACUACUGUUCCUUGUCUCCAUAAACCAUCUUUAUAGACCAAUUUUCUGGUUCCAGAAACACACAGUUUCUGCAUGCAAUUAUGAUUACUUCCAUUGAGGAUGUGUUACUUUGUGGUUUUGGCUUUCAACAAAGUUGUAAUCAACUGUCUGUUCAAUGGAAUAGUCUGACAUUAAGCCUUGAUUUGCGGAUGUAAACAUUGCCGGCUGCAGACACCACCAACAUGUCGGUGUUACUAUCAAUUUCCUUUUCUAUUUCACUUGGAUAUCACUUGGAGGACUCCAUAACAUACAAUAUUUACCAGUCCCUCCAGGAAUUCGCGAUGUUGUGAUCGUGCAAAUUUACACAAAAUCAACCAAUCUCCGCGAAUUUUGCACGGCCUUACAAUUUUGUCCAAUCACCGCAACUUUCCCGCAAUUUUGGCCCGCCUCCCGUGAGUUCCAUCAAUCAUAGCAGCUCCCAGCGCAAACGUAAUGCACGUACAUCACCGAAUUCACUUCCUGUUUAUGGUUUGAAGAUGUAGACAUGUGUGAUACUCAUGUCUCAUUUCAACACGGUCUCACGGGGAUUCGUGAAACUGUUACGUAAAUUUUUUGUUUCUUUUUCGUGCGCACCAACACGAUUUCGUCAUGUUUUUCGUGCCGCUCACCACGAAAUGUUUUUCGUGUUGCUCACAACGAAACCCGCUGUGGUAAUCACAGCUGAAAGUGGUUUAUACCAGCGGAUUCAUGACGAUCUAAGCUGUCCAUCGGCGUAUACUGCUUGUGUGAUCGCGUUUGCGGCCGCCGGCCGCCGGACAUUCUUGAAAUUCCUAUGCAAAUUGGUAAGUGUACCACCGGCUUAUGGUUAGGUUAUGGUUAGGUUAUGGUUAGGAUUAUGGUUAGGGUUAUGUUUAGGGACGAUGUCAUGCAAAAUAUAGCGUUGGAUUCGCCAUGGUUUUACAUUAAAAAUAUAAUACACACAUUCGUUUGAAAUACGUUCUGGGUGGCACGAAAAGUCCGCCGUUUAAAAUACAUUGGUGCGCAUUUCGUGGUGAGCGGCACGAAAAACAUGACGAAAUCGUGUUGGUGCGCACGAAACCGAAACAAAAAUUUACGUAACAGUUUCACGAAUCCUCGUGCGAUCGGGCUGCUCAUUUACCAACAAAAAUUACUGCUGAAGACCGUGAUAAACAAUUGAUUCACUGAUGUUCUUCACCAAAGCGGAGCUAAACUGUUUUACAACCGUGCAAUAUUGUGGUGGAAUACAAAAAAGAAAAAAAUCAUCGAUUGAUAGACACUUUUUAAAAAAAAACACGAAACCUAUUAGAACAGCUGAAAUGAGCGGACAACAGACCAGACAAAUCACCAUGAUGGAAACUGUUGCAUCCAGAUCCGUUAGAGCACUGAAAGAAUGAGGUAAAUUAGAUUAAUUAUUCCACCAAAGAACACGGCGGAGUUAUGUGCUGAUCAGCGUGUGUGAAUCCUUCCUCUGUUACCAACAUCACUCAAAAACGGAUUCAGGGAUUUGAAUGAAGUUUUCAGGGUCGGUCAGAAAUGACACAAGGACCAAAUGAUUAGACUUCGGCAGUGAAGUUUGGAUCCACAGAUUUGUUAAGGAGUCAUAGCGGUACGGCGUCUGAUAGCGGCACGGUAGCCAUGGCAACAAGUGAACGCAACCUCAGCAGCCUGCUGAUGAUCACAUGAUUGUGAUCCUACUACACAUCUACCUCUAUGGACUUAUCGGAAAUGACACAAGGAACAACUGAUUAAAUUGUGGGGGUGUUUCUGAGUCCCAUCAAUUCCCGUUGCCCGCUACAUAGUUAGGUCACGUCAUAUUAAACCAGUAUCUGGCUGCUGCUAAUGUCCCACCAUGGUGUGCCAGCUUUUGUGGAAAUGAGUUGGAACGUUAAAUAAUUAUUUUCGAAAUAAAUAUUGUCAAUUACAGUGUUGAAACGUUCUACAAGCUGGAAAAAUGCAGCUUUUUAGCAAUUGUCACUUAUCUCCCGCAAUUUUAUCUCAACAAAUAAGCUUAAAACAUCGCAACUUUUAUCGCAAUUUUUAGAAAAGCUGCCACGAAUUCAGGCUUUUUCGGCCGCAACAAUCACGAAAAACGCCCGCGAAAUCCUGGAGGGACUGAUUUACAUACAACAUAAAAGAUUUUGUGGAUGGUGAAGUGACAAGAACAGUACCACUUUCAUGUCUGAAUGCUAAAUAUUAAGCUACAGACAUCAGGCAAUUAGCUUAUCCAUAACUUUAAAUUUUACUGUUGAACACCGUAUAUCUUUUAUGUUUAGGGCCAGUUUGAGUUUAUUUAAACAAGGGUCGACUAGAGUUUGCGUAACUUUCAUCAUCUGCCCAAAUCCAUGAGAUUCCACAUGGGCUACUCCACAGGUGUCCAUGUGCAGCCCAAAAAUUGGGAUUCACACAGACUACGCAACAAGGGCAAGUAGUGUUGAUGCAUGAAAUCCAAAGACAGAAUCCAACCUAUGAACAUGCAUGGAGCAGAGUCCUAACGUAGAAUGUAGUGAAAUAACAACUAUGCUUUGAUUGGGGUUCACAGCUGUCUGUGUUCACAUCCGCAAAAGAACAAGUGUAUUUCUCUUACUGUGACUGAUCAUGUUCCCUCGUCCAUCAGGAUUUGAUUUUGAAGUUUUACAAUAAUCCCAGAUACGGUAUCGGCAGUUACCUUGAUGAAUAUAUUAUUUACAUUACAAAUCAUGGCUAUGAAAAUAAGACCCAAGUUAUAACAAAUUGUAAUUAUCCUAUAAGUUCAGACCACUACAGCCUUAUUUUUCUUCUUUAUCUUGUGCUCACACAGUUGGACAACAGGUCUACCUUCUUUCUUUCCCUUAUUUGGAAACUACUUAAAGACCUCUGUCGCUGAAAGGGUAAACAGACUUUAAAGGAGACCUCUUCCCUUUGGUUUCAAUUAUGAGGCUAAUUCUCAGAGUGCCUCUUUUCUGUCAACAAGAAGUCCUUUUCUUUGUGCUACAGAGGAGACAGAGCGAUGGUUUAUGUAACAAGUCAGCUCAGUGUGAGGAGAAGGAGCAUUCGUUGUAUCUGCACAUGUGAGACAUAAAACAAGGGAAGCCAUGGCCUUUCACUUCAGGCAGGAUGUAACACCAUAAAUGCAACACAGCAGUCGUAGAGGGCAGCUAAUGUACCAUGCAGUCUAUAAUGGGGUUUUUACUGCUAGUGUUUUUUUUUUAAAAUGACAAUUUAAAAAACAAAAACAAAAAAAAAUAAAAAUAAGAACAGUGAUGACCUGUGGACUUGCUGCUGUAAAGAUAUCCACAAGCACCAGGGUGGGCUCAGGCCAUGCAGACUCAUGUGAGCGCAGACUAAUCCUCUUCAUUAAAUAACAGCAGGUGUGUGCAAAUCCUAUUAACCCCUUUGACCUCUUUUCUAAACCUUGAACUAUCCAAAUCACAACAUUCUCCGCUCCUUUUUCAUCUUGCAAGAACAGAGAAAAGAUGAAAAUCUGCACAGAAAAAUCUUAACCACUCAUUAUACUGCUAUUAAAGGAUCAUGCUGCUUUAAAAAAAAAACAAGAAAAAUUUAAACUUCUGGAUUAAAAUCAUUGCCAGCCAUCUUCCAAAACAUGCCUGUAAGUAUUUUUGUCACUAUUCAUACCAUCCAUUAGUUUUCAUGCACAAUUACAGUGUACUGUCAUUUGAAAACUAACUUUAAAUGCAAUAAUGAUGCAACUUUCAUGAUAGUCUGCUUCCUGAUUUUUAUACUGUGCAGAAAUAAAUCAAAACCAGUGGCUGUCAUGGAACCAUACCUUAAAAAUCUGGAGAAUGACAGCAUAGUGUGCAAAAUAGUUGGUGUAAAAACAUUACUAGGGGCUGAAAUGUGCAAGACUGAGGAUGUUGUGCUGUGUAGCAUCAGAAAAAAAAAAGAUCUCAUCAUCAUAAAUGCAAGUCCGAAAAGCAGGUUAAAAUGAGUGUGAAAGUGAUAGGCCUUUGAAGUUUGACUUCAAAUAUGAAUAGGAGGAAGGCUUAUCUGAAGUAGCACUAAGAAGUGAGCUGCCACUCUGGCCAGGGGGGGCUCAGCACGCCCAGCUCAGGUUACACAGAUGUGGACGGGGCGGGUGAGGAGAGUCUGAAUUUCCUGCAGCUGAGACAAGGAAGGGGGAAGGGGGCAGAGGGGAGGAGGCUGACCUCGUCUCCCUGAGCUCGCAAAGUUUAGAUCUCAGGAAUAAGGAGGGGUGGGAAGAAAAAGAAGAAAGGGGAGAGAGAGUAUUGGCAGCCCAUGUGACCCACAUUCUACUGCUAGCUCCACAACAGUGCUGGCCAAAGAGGAAACUUCAGCUUACAGUAGGUGACAGGCCUUCUUUUAGGAAAGUGCUUUUCCUGUCCAAUUACAUGUUUUAAAACCUGCAUUUUGGUAGCAUUGGAGGUUCAUCUUGUUCUUCUAUGCCAGACUGAAAAAUGAACACUACUUAGGAUUCCCACGAGGUGAAGACAGGUUAGGGUGAGACACCUAAGCAGACAGAGCUGAAGUCAAAUGGAACAGUGAAAGGGAGAGAAGGAAGAGCAGACUCAGCCAUCACCAGAAGUCUGGAGAUUGAUCUGAGGCAGGUCGAUAGCAGUUGCCAGGAAACGGUGUCCUGUGUCCAUCGCUCACCUCCUCAUCAUCAGGGUUGUGUGUAUGUGUGUGUGUGUGGAGAAAGGGGGUUGGCGGACGCAGCUAAUCAGUGUUAAAAGCUCCCUCCUCUGCUCUGCUCUGCUCUCCUGUCCUGUCCUGCUCUUCCAUUGGUCCUACAGGCACAUCAGUGAGUGCUCAGCGUCUGGACAGGCUCAGAAACUGCCAACUCAUUGCACUAUACACAAAGUUGUACAUGGAGCUCUUCUUUAUCAGGCCUGCUUUUCUCCUCUGUAACCUCCAAACACAGAGCCCACAGGGAGUUAACCACUUCAAAGCUAAAAUAGCCACUUCAAAGUGGAAAAAGUCAAGUUCACCUGAGUUUGCUUUACUUGAAAUCACAGUUUCAGCAGAUUGAGAGGUUUUCUGAGGUGACACUGGCAAGGACUGUUUAGUUCAUUGUCUUAGGACAUUGAGCAGGGGAGAAAUACUGGCAGGUCAGGAAAGAAAUCUGUCGAGGCUGAAUGAUGCAUGUUUGUGUGUGUGUAUGUGUGUGUGUGUGUGUGUGUGUGUGUGUGUGUGUAGAGGUGUUCAGUUAAUCAGCCCUACUUGCCGUAAGCGAGGCCUGUUUUCGGACUGUAAAUCUCCCACACUCUCUCUAUCCCCACCCCUCGGCAUACUCAGCCUUCUAAGCCCAAGGGGAUCAUAAAAACAACAAUGGCCUUCUCUCUCUUUCACUCUCUUCCUCCUCCUGUUUUCUUUCCCUCCCUAAUACAUACACACACAAACACAUUAUUGUCUCUCUCCGGCAUCUAGCAUCACUGCAGUCAGUCCAUUCAACAACUGUGGAGGGAUUCACUUAAAAAAAGACUACCUGUCAGGUUUUCCGUUUCGUGAACCAGGCAACAGCACACCCCAUUCAGAUUUAAGGUUGCAAAGGCUGAGAUUCUUUUAUGUUAAUGCCUUGUUCAUUUUGAGGUGCAGGACCUUGAUGCAAAGUUUUAGUAAGGUUAGGACAUGCUGAGCUUGUCUGAGCUUUCAUCUCUCUCAGGAUGUGUUUCUGUAAACACUGCAUGCUAAGCGUUCCUCUUUUUUCCCCCCUUUUAACGAGCAUCUCUGUUAAAAGUCUCCACAAUCAAUCAGAAGGCAGGUUUUCUGGCAGAUGUGUCUGUCCUCCCAACACUGUGUACUUUUUGUCUUUUAGCUUGCCACUGUCACCGUGUAUUCCCGCACUGCUAAUAGCUGCAAGCUUCAAAAAGUCAUUGCGUCAGCCCUGUGCGAAAUCCCAAACUCUACCGGGAUAAACCAGAUCAAUAAAUAACAGACUGGAAAAGAUCAAAGGAAGGAAAAAAAAUGUGUGGAACGUGACAGACUGUGUUCUGUUUCAAUUUUACUGAAGUUGAUUUUGUGACUUUGCAUUGACUCGAGCCCAAGGGAUUGUGGGUUGUCCAGAUGCUUCUCUCUUUUCCCAGAGUGCAUCUCAACUCGCUCGCUGAGCCCAUCCACUCUGGAACCACUCGUUUUAAAUCACCACUUGGCUAACUCGACCACUCACCGCGGGAUUGAAACAGAAAAGAUGUCUGAUAAAUGACUCUUAGCAUCUGUGUCGUGGCUCUGACCUGGACCAGUGCAGCGGAUCAGCUCUCAUUGUGCUUCAGACAGGCUUUGAAAAGUUGAGCAGCCAACUUAAGAAAACUGUGUCCUUUCACUAACUGCCGCUACAGUAGAGAGUAGAUUUUGUUGGAUUCAGUCAUUCUGUACUGACCAUCAGUAGUGGAACUCAAACUACACCCUAUUGAACUUCCAUCUUCUUCACUGGCCGAGUUGUGGUUCAGUGAUUUUCUGACAAAACAAAAUAACAAAAAAUACCUCCUCUCUUCCCUGCCUGGGAUGACAUGGAGAAAAAAAGAAAACAGCAGUUGAUCAAAACAGCUAAAAUUACUGUAUGUCUUUGAUGAUUUGUCUUAUUUUGAUUUUACUUUGUGCAUUUUUUCUCUCAAAACUUGAUACAAUUUUUUUGGUUAACAUUCCAAUUUUUUUUGAUUUGUUGCUAGUGUUUUUUUUUUCUUUUAGAAAAUGUAAGAUUUUAUACAUUUGUGUUGUGUGUUCACCUCUAGUUGAGUGUGUUAACAAGCCAUGCUGGACAUGUACACAUUAAAAAAAAAUUGCUCUGAAA